AUGCUCUUCUCUCGACCUCCCCGCCUUCCGAGCACCGCUUUCCGAUCGCUAAGGCCCCGUCCAAGAUUCUUUUCCGCCCUCGGUCCGCGCUACGCUAUCGACAUGGGGACCGUAGAUACCACUGAACGCCUGUCGAAGCUGCGGCAGUUGAUGCAGCAGCACAAGGUCGACGUCUACAUCGUGCCCUCCGAAGACAGUCACCAGUCGGAAUACAUUGCGCCUUGUGAUGCCCGCCGAGAGUUCAUUUCUGGGUUCUCUGGCUCUGCUGGUACUGCGAUCAUCUCCUUGAGCAAGGCUGCUCUCUCCACCGACGGGAGAUACUUCAACCAGGCUGCGAAACAAUUGGAUAACAACUGGCAACUUCUGAAGCGGGGAGUGGAAGGAGUGCCCACAUGGCAAGAAUGGACUACGGAAGAGGCACAGGGAGGCAAGGCCGUUGGCGUGGAUCCUUCUCUGAUCACGGCCUCUGGCGCACGUAAACUGGCGGAGACCCUGGAGAAGAACGGAUCCACACUCGUUGGAGUUCAACAAAACUUGGUUGAUUUGGUAUGGGGCAAGGACCGCCCCGCGCGUCCCAGCGAGAAAGUCCGAGUGCACCCAGCAAAGUAUGCUGGAAAGAGCUUCCAGGAGAAGGUCUCCGAGCUGCGCAAGGACCUGGAGUCAAGGAAGAAGGCCGGUUUCAUCAUAUCCAUGCUUGACGAAAUUGCCUGGCUAUUCAACUUGAGAGGAACCGACAUCCCUUACAACCCUGUGUUUUUCUCAUACGUUUUGAUCACGCCCACCACAGCUGAGAUUUAUGUCGAGGAUGAUAAGCUGACCCCGGAGGUCAAGGCUCACCUUGGGCAAGACGUGAUUAUCAAGCCUUACGAUUCCAUCUUUGCUGAUGCCCAAGCUCUCGCUGUUCGAGGCCAAGCCGCGGGCGAGAACGCCGAGAAGUUCCUGUUGUCCAACAAAGCUUCUUGGGCUUUGAGUGUCAGUCUCGGCGGCGAAGGUCAGGUUGAGGAGACUCGGAGUCCUAUCGCUGAUGCCAAGGCCGUCAAGAACGAAACCGAGCUUGAGGGCAUGCGCGCUUGCCACAUCCGUGACGGUGCCGCCUUGACCGAGUACUUUGCCUGGCUCGAAAACGAGCUUGUCAACAAGAAAACCGUCCUUGAUGAAGUUGACGGUGCUGACAAGCUCGAGCAAAUUCGCUCCAAGCACGAGUUGUUCGCUGGUCUUUCUUUUGAUACCAUCUCCUCUACUGGACCUAACGGUGCCGUCAUUCACUACAAGCCUGAGAAGGGAAGCUGUUCUAUCAUCGACCCCAAGGCCAUCUACCUCUGUGACUCCGGCUGUCAAUACUACGAUGGAACCACUGACACCACGAGAACUUUCCAUUUCGGUACCCCCACCGAGUUUGAGAAGCGAGCUUUCACUCUUGUCUUGAAGGGAACCAUUGGAAUUGAUAUGGCAGUCUUCCCCAAGGGAACCAGUGGCUUUGCCAUUGAUGUUCUGGCGCGCCAGCACUUGUGGAAGGAAGGUUUGGAUUUCCUCCACGGAACGGGCCAUGGCGUCGGUUCUUACCUUAAUGUUCAUGAGGGCCCUAUAGGUAUUGGUACUCGAGUUCAGUACACCGAGGUUCCCAUCGCUGCUGGAAACGUCAUCUCUGAUGAACCCGGUUAUUACGAGGAUGGCAAGUUCGGUAUCCGCAUUGAGAAUGUCGUCAUGUGCCGGGGAGUCGAAACCCCGAACAAGUUUGGUGACAAGCAAUGGCUAGGCUUUGAGCAUGUUACAAUGACGCCGAUCGGCCAGAACUUGAUUGAGCCAUCGCUACUGAGCGACGAAGAGCUCAAGUGGGUGAACGACUACCACGCUGAGAUCUGGGCGAAGACAGAGCACUUCUUCCAGGCCGAUGACCUGACUCGCUCGUGGCUCGAGCGUGAGACCAAGCCUAUCUCCAAAUAA